UAAAAGCCGGAGGCUCCAAAGUGGAACUGCGUUGUCUUGUCGAGCCUGGGACGACUCGCCUCGGGGAGGGCGAGCUGAACUGCAGCCCUGCGCUCCUUGCACGGCCCGAGGAGUUAGUUAAGUCUCCAGAGGAGCCCGGUUCGGCCCGAGCAAGUCCAGGGGCGAACGGCGUCAUGGAGCCCAUAGGGGCGCGGCUAAGUUUGGAGGCUCAGGGACCAGCGCCCUUCCGAGAGCCCCCGCCGGCCGAGGAGCUGCCCGCCCCGGUGGUCCUCUGUGUGCAGGGUGGCGGCGACGGCGGUGGCACUUCGGAGAUCCCGAGUCCUGACGCUCAGCUAGGGGAUAGGCCCUUGUCCCCGAAGGAAGAGCCCGCCACCCAGGAGCAGGAGGAGCUGCUGGAAUGCCGCCGCCGCUGCCGCGCGCGCUCCUUUUCCUUGCCCGCCGACCCCAUCCUGCAGGCGGCUAAGUUCCUGCAGCAGCAGCAGCAACAGGCGAUGGCACUGGGCGGCGAGGGGGCGGAGGACGCGCCGCUCGGCCCGGGCGGCUGCUGCGCCAAGUGCAAGAAGCGGGUGCAGUUCGCGGACACGCUGGGGCUGAGCCUGGCCAGCGUGAAGCACUUCAGCGAGGCGGAGGAGCCGCAGGUGCCGCCUGCCGUGCUCUCGCGCCUCCGAGGCUUCCCUAUGCGUGCCGAGGACCUGGAGCAGCUCGGGGGACUGCUGGCCGCGGCGGCAGUGGCCUCGCCCCUCUCAGCGCCAACUUCCCGGCUCCGGCCGCUCUUCCAGCUCCCGGGGCCGAGCGCCGCGGCCGAGCGCCUGCAGCGGCAGCGCGUGUGCCUGGAGCGCGUGCAGUGCUCGACGGCCUCGGGCGCGGAGGUGAAGGGCUCCGGCCGGGUGCUCAGCUGUCCUGGGCCCAGGGCCGUGACCGUGCGCUACACCUUUACCGAGUGGCGCUCCUUCCUGGACGUGCCGGCUGAGCUGCAGCCCGAGCCGCUGGAGCCACGGCAGCCAGAGGCACAGUCGGGGGCCUCCGAGCCAGAGUCCGGGGCUGCCAAGAAAGAGCCAGGCGCCGAGUGCUUCCACUUCUCGCUGUGCCUGCCCCCGGGCCUGCAGCCUGAGGACCAAGAGGAAGCCGACGCGCGCGGCGUCGCGGUCCACUUCGCUGUCUGCUACCGCUGCUCGCAGGGCGAGUACUGGGACAACAACGCGGGCGCCAACUACACGCUGCGCUACGCGCGCCCGGCGGACGCGCUCUGAGCUUGGAGAGUUUCGAAGAGCCGUGGGGCGGGGUUGAUCAGCACGUGGAGCUCGGGCUGCCGCCUCAGGGGACUUGCUGGGACGCUUUGCUGAGCAUGGCGAAUCUGGCGUGAGGGGCGCGUGGAGGGAAAGGAGGGAGACGUUGAACCGUCGACUCGCACCCCAGCAGACAAGUGAGCGAGCUUAGAGAGCCCGGGCAAUGCUCCGAAAGCCUCUGACCUCAGUCUUCUCGUCCGUUUGACCUUCCUACAAGGCCUCUAGAAUUCCCAGCCUGCGUCAGAAUAGGAAGAGACUUCCAAGGCCCGGAGCAGCUGCCUCCAAGAAAAAGGCUCCCAACUCCCGGGCAUGGUUCUAAGGCCUUGGGAUUGGUUUUUAACUCUAAAUAUCAUAUUGUAGCCCUUGCAGCUUGCUGGAGUUCCCUAGGGAAAGGACAAAGCGUCCUGCCACUGUGCACCAGAGGAAGGUGCCACGGAUUGUUGGUGCACGCGUGGGACCUUUACACCCCAACCUGUUUCUCAGAGAAAACCCGGUCGGGGCUGGGCCAGGCCACCCUUUUCUUUUAAUUGAGAUGUGGGUAAUGUUUGCCCAGACUUGACGUUGUUUAUUGUGCGACAUUGUGUACAAAUGUCCUUUAUAAAAGUAAAGGCCACUGGCACCCCCUUU